AUGAAUAUGAAUAAGAAGUGUUCAAACUCAUAUCUUCCUGAAGAAUUAUGGGAAAUUAUAUUAAAAAAUCUCAAAACUAUAUCAGAUGUUAUGCGAUUCCGCAGUAUCUGUAGUUUAUGGCGAUCUUUUCUUCCUCUUCCACCUCUCUCUAAUGAUCUUUGCAUUCCACAUGAAGGACAUUUUCUAAUCCAAACUAAAAUAUAUCGCAUUCAACCAUUACAACAUGAUAACGAACCCUUAACUUCUAAGAAAGGGUGGCUCAUCAAAGUUUUUCAAGAUUCAAAUUCCUCCAAAUUUUAUCUCCUUGAUCUAUUCACCAACAAGAAACUCCCAUCUCGGGAUAAAAGUACGCAAAAAGUGGUGAAUUUGAUGAACGUUCAAGCUAUUGAGUUGUUUGAACUAUAUACUUUAUGUGAUAAUGGGUUUCCACAUGUUAGUCUUGGUCGCAAAGUAAUCUUGUUUUCUGUUGAGGGUCGUUGCAUGGUCUUUGCAUUAAUAUGGGGUUGUAAAAGGUUGGAAGUUUCCAUCGGAGAAAAGAAAAUUACAAUAUCAAAGGAUGAUGGUGGAAAAACGUUUGAUGAUAUGAUACGUUACAAGGGACAAAUUUAUGUCGUGGAUAAAACCGGAACCGUUUUUUGGAUCAAUGCUUUGUCCUUGAAGUUGGUUCAGUUUUCACCAAAAAAUUUCAGUUGUGAAAUGAAGCAGAUAUGGAUGAAUUAUGAUGAAAACCAUAAGCAAUUAGUAGAGUGUGAUGGAAAUCUCUAUAUGGUUCAUUUUUAUAUUGAUAUUAGAUUUGGUUACUUUUUGAAGGAUGUUUUUGUGAAAGUUUAUAAGCUUGAUCAAGAAUGGGGUAAAUGGAUAGAUGUAAAAGAUUUGGGUGAUGUUUCAUUUGUUUUGGGUAAAGACUCAAAUUUUGCAUUGUUGGCUCAAGAUUAUCAUGGAUGUGAAAGAAAUUGCAUAUACUUCUAUUUUGAAGACAGGGCUUCUUGUUUCAACUUGGAGAAUUUCGAGUCUAAGCCUGCUAACAUUUUUUGGCCUUGUCCAACUUUGUUCCAUCCUGUGACAAGUUAA